AUGGGCACCGCCGAAGACAGCGCCACCGAGGUUGGCUCGAUUGGCUCGCGCCACAAGGCCACCACCACCCUCAACAGCACACCCGCGUCGGCCUCGCUGCACAAUGUCGUCUCCGAGAAGCAGCCCACCACCGCCGCCGCUGAAACCACUGAGAAAAUCAGUGUCGACGACGAAAAAGCCGCGGCAAACCAUGAUGCCUCGCCAGCAGACCCCGACGAGGACGAGGACGGCGUCGAGUACCCCGUCGCCUGGAAGCUUGGCCUCAUUACCAUUGCUCUCUGCUUGUCCGUCUUUUGCGUUGCCUUGGACAACACCAUCAUCGCCACCGCCAUCCCGCGCAUCACCGACGAGUUUCGAGGUUCCGUCCAAGACAUUGGCUGGUACGGCGCCGCCUACCUGCUAACCACCUGCGCCGUCCAGCUCAUCUUUGGCAAGCUCUACACCUACUACUCGGUCAAGUGGGUCUACCUCUUUGCCAUCCUCUUGUUUGAAGUCGGCUCCCUCGUCUGCGGCGCCACGCCCACCUCGCUCGGGCUCAUCAUCGGCCGCGCCAUUGCCGGCCUCGGCUCCGCAGGCAUCUUCUCCGGCGCCCUCCUCAUCGUCAGUCGGAGCGUGCCUCUGCGCCAGCGGCCCGUUUACAUGGGCCUCAUCGGCGCCGUCUACGGCCUCGCCUCCGUCGCUGGUCCCCUCAUGGGCGGCGCUUUCACCGACAAGGUCACUUGGCGCUGGUGCUUCUACAUCAACCUGCCCUUUGGCGCCGUCACCGUCUUCUUCAUCAUUCUCUUUCUGCACCUGCCCGACACCAAGUCCCAGCUCAAAAACACGUCCUUCAAGGAGCAGCUACUCUCCUUUGACCUCGAGGGCACCUUUUGCUUCAUCCCCGGCAUCGUCUCCCUGCUCCUCGCUCUCCAAUGGGGAGGCUCGCGCUACCCCUGGGGCAACGGCCGCAUCAUCGGUCUCUUUGUCGUCUUUGCCGUCCUCAUUGCCGCCUUUAUCGCCAUUCAAAUCUGGAAAAAGGACAAGGCCACCGUGCCCCCGCGCAUCUUUAUGAACCGCACCGUCUGGGCCUGCUCCUCCUUUGUCGUCUGUCUCGGCGCCGCCUUUUUCAUCAUGGUCUACUACCUGCCCAUCUGGUUUCAGUCCAUCCAAGGCAGCUCCGCCGUCAACUCGGGCAUCAAGAGCCUGCCGCUCAUUCUCGGACUCGUCGUGCUGUCCAUUAUUUCCGGCGGCUUCGUCAGCGCGCUCGGAUACUACACCCCCUUUAUGAUUGCUUCGGCCGUCCUCAUGGCCGUCGGCGCCGGCCUCCUAUCCACCCUCGAGAUUGAUUCCGGCCGCAACGCCUGGAUCGGCUACCAGUGCAUCUUUGGCUUUGGCGUCGGCCUCGGCAUGCAGCAGCCCAUGGUCGCCAUGCAGGCCUCGCUCCAGGCCGCCGACGUCGCCGUCGGCACCGCCAUCAUCAUCUUUUCGCAGACCCUCGGCGGCGCACUUUUCAUCUGCGUCGCCCAAAACGUCUUUCAGAACAAGCUCAAGGAGGUCAUUGGCGCCGCCAACAUUCCCGGACUGACCCUCGACGCCGUCAACUAUGUCGGCGCUACCGGCGCCCGCAAACACUUUGAGGGCGAGGCGCUCGCCGUCGUCCUCUCCGCCUACAACACGGCCAUUACCAACUGUUUUUACGUGGCCGUUGCGCUUGCCACGCUGUCCAUGGUCGGUGCCGCCUUUACGCCCUGGAACUCUGUCAAGGGCAAGAAGAUUGAAAUGGCUGCCGCGUGA